CCCCACAAAGUGCCUGAGUUGCACUGCUUUGUAGUGGAAUUACGCCUUGCUGCAGCUUUUCUGUUCUGCGUUAGUGCCGUUCUGUGAUCAGCCUGGACUUCCCGAAUAUAAACUUGAAACUUGAGUGGUUCUCUUGAGUUGUUUAUGGCCUCUCAGAUGACGACUCUCCCUUUAAAGCUGAGUGGUGUAAGAGAAGCAGACGAUCACCUAUUUAAUUGUGCCAUUACAGUAAAUGCAACUCAUUUCUCAGCGUCAGUGGCCUCUGGGUGUGAACGCUGGAAUAAUGUGGACCUUGGCACUGUGGGCAUUCUCUUUCCUCUGCAAAUUCAGCCUGGCAGUCCUGCCGACUAAGCCAGAGAACAUUUCCUGCGUCUUUUACUUCGACAGAAAUCUGACUUGCACUUGGAGACCAGAGAAGGAAACCAAUGAUACCAGCUACAUUGUGACUUUGACUUACUCCUAUGGAAAAAGCAAUUAUAGUGACAAUGCUACAGAGGCUUCAUAUUCUUUUCCCCGUUCCUGUGCAAUGCCCCCAGACAUCUGCAGUGUUGAAGUACAAGCUCAAAAUGGAGAUGGUAAAGUUAAAUCUGACAUCACAUAUUGGCAUUUAAUCUCCAUAGCAAAAACCGAACCACCUAUAAUUUUAAGUGUGAAUCCAAUUUGUAAUAGAAUGUUCCAGAUACAAUGGAAACCGCGUGAAAAGACUCGUGGGUUUCCUUUAGUAUGCAUGCUUCGGUUCAGAACUGUCAACAGUAGCCACUGGACGGAAGUCAAUUUUGAAAACUGUAAACAGGUCUGCAACCUCACAGGACUUCAGGCUUUCACAGAAUAUGUCCUGGCUCUACGAUUCAGGUUCAAUGACUCAAGAUAUUGGAGCAAGUGGAGCAAAGAAGAAACCAGAGUGACUAUGGAGGAAGUUCCACAUGUCCUGGACCUGUGGAGAAUUCUGGAACCAGCAGACAUGAACGGAGACAGGAAGGUGCGAUUGUUGUGGAAGAAGGCAAGAGGAGCCCCCGUCUUGGAGAAAACAUUUGGCUACCACAUACAGUACUUUGCAGAGAACAGCACUAACCUCACAGAGAUAAACAACAUCACCACCCAGCAGUAUGAACUGCUUCUGAUGAGCCAGGCACACUCUGUGUCCGUGACUUCUUUUAAUUCUCUUGGCAAGUCCCAAGAGGCCAUCCUGAGGAUCCCAGAUGUCCAUGAGAAGACCUUCCAGUACAUUAAGAGCAUGAAGGCCUACAUAGCCGAGCCCCUGUUGGUGGUGAACUGGCAAAGCUCCAUUCCUGCGGUGGACACUUGGAUAGUGGAGUGGCUCCCAGAAGCUGCCAUGUCGAAGUUCCCUGCCCUUUCCUGGGAAUCUGUGUCUCAGGUCACGAACUGGACCAUCGAGCAAGAUAAACUAAAACCUUUCACAUGCUAUAAUAUAUCAGUGUAUCCAGUGUUGGGACACCGAGUUGGAGAGCCGUAUUCAAUCCAAGCUUAUGCCAAAGAAGGAACUCCAUUAAAAGGUCCUGAGACCAGGGUGGAGAACAUCGGUCUGAGGACAGCCACGAUCACAUGGAAGGAGAUUCCUAAGAGUGCUAGGAAUGGAUUUAUCAACAAUUACACUGUAUUUUACCAAGCUGAAGGUGGAAAAGAACUCUCCAAGACUGUUAACUCUCAUGCCCUGCAGUGUGACCUGGAGUCUCUGACACGAAGGACCUCUUAUACUGUUUGGGUCAUGGCCAGCACCAGAGCUGGAGGUACCAACGGGGUGAGAAUAAACUUCAAGACAUUGUCAAUCAGUGUGUUUGAAAUUGUCCUUCUAACAUCUCUAGUUGGAGGAGGCCUUCUUCUACUUAGCAUCAAAACAGUGACUUUUGGCCUCAGAAAGCCAAACCGGUUGACUCCCCUGUGUUGUCCUGAUGUUCCCAACCCUGCUGAAAGUAGUUUAGCCACAUGGCUCGGAGAUGGUUUCAAGAAGUCAAAUAUGAAGGAGACUGGAAACUCUGGGGACACAGAAGACGUGGUCCUAAAACCAUGUCCCGUCCCCGCGGAUCUCAUUGACAAGCUGGUAGUGAACUUUGAGAAUUUUCUGGAAGUAGUUUUGACAGAGGAAGCUGGAAAGGGUCAGGCGAGCAUUUUGGGAGGAGAAGCGAAUGAGUAUGUGACCUCCCCGUCUAGGCCCGACGGUCCCCCAGGGAAAAGUUUUAAAGAGCCCUCCGUUUUAACUGAGGUUGCUUCUGAAGACUCCCACAGCACGUGUUCCAGAAUGGCGGACGAGGCGUACUCAGAAUUGGCCAGGCAGCCUUCGUCUUCCUGUCAGAGUCCAGGGCUAUCGCCUCCCCGUGAAGACCAAGCUCAGAAUCCAUAUUUGAAAAAUUCAGUGACAACCAGGGAAUUUCUUGUGCAUGAGAAUAUCCCAGAGCACAGCAAAGGAGAAGUCUGAGUGCUGCUAUGGCAUGAAGUCCUCAGAAACUGAGUGGAUCUCUUCCCUAGAAAAGACACCGAGACUUCCAGAAACCGCCUUUGACCCCUCCCUGUUCAGUUGGCUGCUGCGCUGCCGGGAAAUUGGUGACACAGAUGUGGACUUAGGCCAGGAAGAAUGGAGUCCUUUACAGGGCAAAGGAAGUUACUUUCUCCUGUGUGCUCUCACAGAGGCCCCUUGAAAUGAUGGCCUCAAGAGAAGGGCCAAGCUUCGGGGCUUAAAGGACGCGCCCAGGUGGAUGUGUCAGAUCUUAUCCCAGGAACCAAGCUGUCCUGGCUAUUGCUGAAGCUACCCUCAGGAUCCAGGACAGCUGUCUUGUUGGCACUUGACUCUGGCAGGAACCUGAUCUCUACUCUUCUUCUCCCUGUCUCCGGACACUUUCUCUCCUUCAUGCAGAGACCAGGACUAGAGCGGAUUCCUCAUGGUAUGCCAGGCUCCUCAGUCCUUGCUCGGGCUCAGGAUCUUCAACAAUGCCUUUUCUGGGACACUCCAUCACCCACUUAUAUUUAUUUUUUGCAACAUUGUGGAUUGAACCCAGGGACUUGGUUAUGCGCGGUAAGUGUGCUACCCAUCUCACUCACCCCAAGUUUAUUACGCAUUGACUGCUGCUAAAUCAAGAAACUCCAGAAACCUCCAGUAAGACACUGCCAUGGGCUGUGGGCUAGGUAGCAGGUCAGCCUGCUUUGUAGGCCAUUUCCUCUGUCUUGUGCUAUACCUGGUAGGAGAAGGCACCAAACAGGUGCUCGGUGGCUUUUGUUCAGAGACACAUACUUGGGGCCCAGGGGUGCUUUCUGAGCAGACCCUGAUAGGGCCUCUUCCCAGCCACCCUGAGUGAGGCCUGGUGAGAGGCAGCACUUAGCAACCAUAUUUCUGCCUUAUGAGGACUUCUGCCCCUUGGCUGUAGCCAAGCACAGAGCUUGUGACAAGAAGGUGCCUUUGGCAGAAAUGCCCAUCACGGGAUCUAUUUGCUUAGGCUUGGGGAACUGCGUGGCUUGUACACAGUGGGCCACCCUCUGGCCCCUUUGUCUUGCUCUCAAGCCUGGGAAGUGACUUUAAAAAAAAAAAAAAACCAAACCAAACUCUGAGCUCUUCCCAGGGAAUUUCUGACUGGGGAGGCUCUGGCCCAGCCUUCUGUCUUGACCUGAGGAAAAACAACCAAGGAUGCUCUCACACCUGGGGGAAGUCUCGGAUCUCAGGGAGGUUAGAGGAGCCGGCAGAGCCUCAAAAGACAUGAAGUCCUUGAACAGUGGGGUGGGGUGGGUGCAGAACAGACACACACACACACACACACACACACACACACACACACACACACACACACCUCCCAGAGCUGCUGCUGCUACUGCUGCCCUCGGCCUGCCCUGCUGGAUGAUCAAGGCUGGAAGCAUCUUGCACUUCCUUUUGCACCGGCUGCCCUGCCUCCUCCCCUUUUCAUUUUAGCCUCCCGACUUCCCUUCUCCUCAGGCUCUCUGAGAGGUGCGUCUCUCCACCUCUCUGCUUCUUUUCACUUCUUUCUCCCUUCUCAGCCUUCUUGUGGCACGCCCCAUAUUGGCCUUUGCUGCCUUUGCUGGGUAGGAUGCAGGCUCAGAGGCCAUGAUGGCUUCUCCUACUGGAUCAGACCACUGCACUCAUGUUCUGCACCAGGGGUUGCUUCUGUGGGAAAAGAAGGCCAUCGGUGUUUUCUCUCUUUACUGUCAAAGAAAAGGGACGUUGGAAGGACUCAGGGAAGUCAUUCAGUGGCAAAGUCAGUAAGAAAUUAUAAAAUUCGUGGCAAAGAGCUUUCUGAGACCUUGGGAGCCAUGCGGACAUCUAGGUGACUGCCAUCAAUGGUCUUUUAUUUUCAAUAGUAGCAAAAAAUAGGGGUGGGGGGAUGGUUCAAAGGUUUAGGGCAUGGUGGCGCACACCUUUAAUCCCAGCACUUGGGAGGCAGAGGCAGGCAGAUUUCUGAGUUCGAGGCCAGCCUGGUCUACAAAGUGAGUUCCAGGGCAGCCAGGGCUAUACAGAGAAACCCUGUCUUGAAGAAAGAAAAAAAAAAAAGGUUUAGAGCAUUGACUGUUCUUCCACAGUCCUGAGUUCAAUUCCCAGCACUCUCACAUGGCAGCUUACAACUGUCUAUAAUGGGAUCUGGUGUGCAGGUAUGCAUGCAUUCAGGCAAAGAGCCCAUAUACAUAAAAUAAAUCUAAAAAGAGAAAACAACAUUAAAAAAUGGUGGAGAACCCAAUCUGUUCUUAACAGAAAAACAGAGACCAAAAGGCGAUGCUUCCCUUCUGGUGUCCCAGGAGACAGUGCUAUGGGGAACCUGUAAUACUGGACCCCACAGGGGUUUGGUGGGGCUGGAGGCGGGGGGGAGGGGCAAGAAAGGACCCUCAGUGAGGAUCCCCUUCAGUGUGCUUGCAGCCCACACCUGAGCACUGUCUCCAACCUGGCUCCUAAUCAAGCUCUUAGGUAUCACAGACUCUAGCUAGGUAUGCUGUAGCCCAGAGGCCUCUGACAGCUCCUCCCUUCAGACCAAUCUAGCUGCUGUUCAUAUAGAUCUAUGAGCAAGUGAUGGUGUAGGCAUUUUUAAAUGGUUAAAAAAAAUCCAAAGGAUGCAUAAUAUCCUGUGAUAUGAAAAGUGUAUACAAUUUCAAUAAAGCUUAAUACCAGGGUCCGA